AUGGGUAAGAGAAAGGCAGCGAAGAAACCCCAAGCCAAAAAGAAGGCCGAACCGUUAUCAAGUGUCUUCAAAUGUUUGUUCUGCAACCACGAGAAAGCAGUGACAGUGAAAAUCGAUAAACAAUCGAUGUUUGGUCAUUUAACGUGUAAAGUCUGUGGACAGAGAUUCACGUCACCUAUAAAUUCUCUUUCUGUACCUGUUGAUGUAUAUUGCGAUUGGGUAGAUGCUUGUGAAGAAGUCAGGGCGAAACAACCUCCUAAGCAGAGACCGGUCAGAGCACCCUUGCCAUUAGCUCACGGACGAGGCGGAGGCGUAUCUUUUGAUCCGGAUAGACCUACUCAGGAUGUAGAUGAAGAUGCAGAAGGUGAAGACGAGGAAUACGACUCGAGGCCUAAAUCCAAAUCAAAGUCGAGUAACAGAAGAGAUGCAGACGAAGAUGAUGUAGAUGAAGAUGAGGAUGAGGAUGACCUGGAUGAUGGUGGUAGGAGAGAGAAGAGGAGGAGGGUGAGGGAAGAUUACGAUGAUGACGAUGAAGAUGAGGAUUAG